GGAUAUUAAAGCAGACGUUAUAAAAUGCAAUAAUAGUGGGCAAUCACUUCUUAUGUAUGCUUGUAAAUAUGGUCAAACAGAAAUAGUUAGGAUCUUGGUAGAUAAAGGGAUAGACUAUAGAAGCUGCGAUAAAAAAGGAAGGUCAUCUCUAAUGUAUGCAUGUAAACAUGGUCAUACUGGUGCAGUAAGGAUUUUGUUGGACAAAGGAGGAGACUUUAAUUUCAAUUAUGCUGAUGGUUCUUCCCUCAUAAUGCAUGCUUUAAAAAAUAGUCAUAGAGAAAUCGUAAAUAUAUUAGUAUAUAAAGGAACAGGUUUAAAUGAAUGUGACAGCAGUGGUCGGUCUCUGCUAAUGAAGGCUUGUGAAUAUAAUAAUAUUGAAAUAACCUGUUUGUUAUUAGACAGAGGAGCUGACUUGAAUAAGUGUGAUAUAUUGGGUGAGACACCUCUCAUGAAGGCUUGUGAACAUGGUCAUGAACAAAUUGUAAGUUUGUUGUUAGCCAAAGGAGCAGAUUAUGAUAAAUUUGAUAGAAUUGGUCAGUCACCUAUAAUGAAGGCUUCUGAACAUGAACGUACAGAAAUCGUAAGAAAACUGUUAGAUAAAGGAGCAGAAUUAAAAAAAAUGGACAAAUCCGGUCAAUCACCUGUUAUGAAAGCUUGUAAACAAGGUCAUGAAAAAGUUGCAAGUUUGUUGUUAGAUAAAGGAGCAGAAUAUGAUAAUUUUGACAUAUUGGGUCAGUCACCUGUCAUGACAGCUUGUGAAUAUGGUCACACAGAAAUAGUAAGGACAUUGUUGGAUAAAGGUGUAGACUUUAAUAAAUGUGACAGAUCAGGUCAGUCAUCUAUUAUGAAGGCUUGUGAAAAUGGUCAUCCAGAAAUUGUAUGGAUGUUGUUAGAUAGAGAAGUAAACUGUAAUAAAUCUGAUGAUAAGGGAAGCACACCUUUAACAAUUGCUUGUGAAAUUGGCCAUACAGAAAUAGUUAAAUUACUAUUAGACAGAGGAGCAGACUAUAAUUACUGUGAUUUUGAUGAUAAAUCACCAGUAAUGAUCGCUUGUAAACAAGGUCAUACAGAAAUAGUAAACGUUUUAUUAGACAGAGGAACAGAAUAUAUUAAAGUCAACAUGUCUGAUCAGUCACCUGUCAUGGUAUCUCAUUGCAGUGGUCAAAUAGAAGCAAUCGAGAUGAUAUACGAUAGAGGUGCAGACUAUAAUACAAAAUGACAGUGAAGGCUUGUCAAAUGGGCAUACAGAAAUAACUAAAUAGUUGCUACACGGAGUCAAAUGUAUUCAAAGCAUGUGAACAGGGGUAUACAGAAAUAGUAAAUAUGUUUUUAACAAGAGGAGCAGACUUUAAUAAAAUUGACUGGACUAGUCAGACACCUUAAAUGACGGCUUGUGAAAAUGGUCAUACAGAAAAAGUGAAUUUAUUAUUAGAAAAAGGACUGGAAUGAUCAGUCGCUCUUAUGAAGGUUUGUGAACAUGGUCAUACAGAAAUACCGAGAAUAUAUUUAGACAGAAAGAAAGACUGUCAUAAAAUGAACAGGAGUGAUCGAUCAUCAUUAAUGAUGGCCUGUAAACAUGGUCUUUCGAUUGAGUUAAGCCAUUCCAAUUGAUAUUUUAUAGUGUGUCUUUCUAUGUUGUGAUGUUAAACUAUUAUUUCAGAUAAGGGUGAAGGUUUGGUACCAUUAAAACGUUUAAACUCGCUGCAAUUGUUUGCACCUGUCCUAAGUAAGGAAUCUGAUGUUCAGUAGUUGUCGUUUGUUGAUGUGGUUCAUAAGUGUUUCUCGUUUCUCGUUUUUUAUAUAGAUUAGACCGUUGGUUUUCCCGUUUGAAUGGUUUUACACUAGUAAUUUUAUGGGGCCCUUUAUAGCUUGUUGUUCGGUGUGAGCCAAGGCUCCGUGUUGAAGACCGUACCUUGACCUAUAAUUGUUUACUUUUAUAAAUUGUGCCUUGGAUGGAGAGUUGUCUCAUUGGCACUCAUACCACAUCUUCCUAUAUCUAUUCAUAUACAAAUAGUAAGAAUGCUGAUAGAAAAAGGACAAGACCGUGAUAAAUGUGACUACGUGAAUCAGUCACCUGUGUUUAUGACUUGUGAAAGUGAGCAUGCAGAACUAUUGAAGAUUAACCGAUGUGAUUAUAUUGACCAGGCAUCUGUUAUGAAGGCUUGUGAACAUGUUCAUAGAAAAAUAGUUGAAUUGCUAAUACAUGUAGAAAGUGGAGCAGACUUUAAUAAAAUGUGAUGUGUAUGGUCACACACUUUAAAUGAUUGCUUGUAUGCAUGGUCAUAAACAGUUGUAAAAAUGUGACUGGAUAUAGGGGCAAACAAUAAUGUAUGUGACAAUAAUGGCAUGUCAACACUACACAUUGCCUGUCUGAAUUGUCAGUAGGGUAUAUUUACUAUGAUUAAUAAGCAUGCUUUAAUAGAUAAGAAAUAUCAAAAGUCAACACGAAAUAAAUUAUGCACUUUCCAGAAAGGACUUAGACAACUGAGUAAAUGUAUUUUAAAGUAUUUAGCUAUAUCUUUGUUAAUUGUUUAUUUUAAUGAUUUCUUCAAUGGAAAUAGAUAUUGAUUUUAUAUUUCAAUUGAUUAAUUAUAUAUAUGAUAUUGUUGUGAAAAUAUAAGCUACUAUUAUGGUAA